AUGGACGGCCUUAAAUCAGAGAAACGACAUAAAAAGGACAAGUCAGACCGUAAGCGAGCCCGAGACGGCGACGAUGGCGACGCGCCCAGAAGACACAAAAAGCAUAGGAAGCAAGGUAGCGACGAGACCAAUGACGAAACUGGCGACACAUCCCCCAAUGCGCAGCUGGCUCUGGAGAUCCGCGACGUCGAGCGCAAGAAGAACAAGCGGAAGAAGUCUAAGCAGUCUCGAAGGAGCGAGGCGGUUCCCAUUGACGAAGCCCACAAUCCUGUCGACGUUGCUCCUGGCAUGACCAAGGACUCGACUGCCCUGCGCACGGCCGGCAGAAUGAGUGUCGCGGAAGAGCAUCCAUCUACCGGAUUUAUGGAGGAGCAUACAAAGAGCAAAAAGAAGUCUCGGAAGAAUAUGCAUGGCCAAGACAUCAUAGAAGCGGCAGCCAACCCCUCCGAUCUUGAGCUACGCCAUACAGGGAGUUUAGAAGAUCACAUCGAGCUUAAAAAGAAGAAGAAGAAGCGGAAGAAUGCGGAUGGCGCGCAGAACAUUGCUAUGGAAGCAAGCCGUCGUUCGUCGACCGGGAAGGCCGAAGAGCGAAAAGACAAGAGCAGACAGCGGGACAAGGACUUAGUCGCGCCCCCUGCAGACGUUGAUUUCAUGGACAUUGACGUGCCAACAAAGUCACAUCUCCAGCCUGUCAACGCCCCGGCAACACCCAGUUUUCCCUUUUUCACCCAAAAAGUAUACCUAUAUCUUCCUCUAUAUCCUGCCGGAUUUGCAACACCUAUCAGCAGUAUUGCCAAGCAACAUCUGGAACCAUUAGUCAAUCAUUAUUCGCCUAUGCUUCGAGGUGUGGUUCUCGGAUAUAGCAAUGUCUCCAUAGCACAUCGUCCUACCACCCGCGGCUCUCCUCAGGCAGACGACACGCCCGCCAUACUAGAAUCAAUCGAUGAAUAUGCUGUCGGCUUCGGCUGGCUAACAGUGGAUGUCUCUCUGUUUGUUCCCACUCGAGGCGCUUGGAUGGAAGGUCGGGUCAAUCUCCAGAAUGAAGGGCAUGUCGGAGUUCUUUGCUGGGAGAAAUUCUCUGCCAGCAUCGAUGCUAAACGGCUGCCUCCCGGCUGGAAGUGGAUCGAUUGUCUUAAUGCCGACUCAGAGGAAGGCAAUGGCGCCAUAAAGCCAGUCGAGAGCGCUGAUGGACAAUUGCGUGACGAUACCUUUGCCGACGAAAACCAGUCUCUUCACCAAAUGCACACAACAGGUUACUGGGUGGAUGCGUCUGGGAACGCUGUCCGCGGUACAUUGCUGUUCAGAAUCAGAGAUUUUGAGAUCGGCCGCGUUGGGGAUCACGGAUAUCUAAGCAUCGUGGGUACGAUGUUGAGCGAGGAAGAAGAGAAGACAAUGGAGGCCGAGGAGAGGGAGGAACAAAGCAGGAGACGCAAACAACUGAACCCGGCGGGGCUGCUGCGAGCGGAGACGCGACGAGUUCCUGAAUUCAGUAUUACAACAUUCGGUAAGGAGGACCAGGAGGAGACUGCUGAACAACGACUGGUUUACUCGAAAAGCAGACUCAACACUCCUGAUGACUAG